CGAGAGCGAUGGGCCGCCGUCUGCCCUUGUGGCUGUGCGCCGUCGCGGCGCUGCUCUCGGGAGCGCAGGCCAAGGGCACCCCUCUCCUCGCGCGGCCCGCACAGCCCGGUGCCUCCCGCCACAGCCUCUACACGACCGGAUGGCGUCCGCGGCUGCGCCCGGGGCCGCACAAGUCCCUCUGUGCCUAUGUGGUACAUAGGAAUGUAACCUGCGUUCUACAGGAGGGAGCGGAGAGCUAUGUCAAGGCCGAGUACAGGCAGUGUGGGUGGGGGCCCAACUGCCCCUCCACAGUCCGGUACCGCUCGGUGCUUAGACCUAGAUACAAGAUUGGCUACAAGACUGUGACAGACCUGGCCUGGCGCUGCUGCCCCGGUCUUACUGGGGAGGGCUGCCCUGAACACCUCACAGACCAUGGAGCUACCCUACCACACCGGGAGCCAGAGCCCCAGAUUCCUUUGGGGCAGCUGGGCCCAGGUCCCAGGCCGCCUUCUUACAGCAGAGAGGCCCCACACCCCCAUGGAAGAAAAGGCCAAGGGUUGUUUGGUGAGCGACUGGAACAGCUGGAGGGUGAUGUCCGGCGCCUCUCACAAGCAUACGGCACUCUGAGUGGUUUGGCGGCCAGCCGUGAGGAUCCCCUUAGGAUCGCUGGUGACACCAGGGCUCCUGUGGCACCUGUAGGCUUUGGGGUCAUCCCUGAGGGGCUUGUGGACCCAGAAGACAGAGGCCAAGGACCGCCCCUACCUCCUCUGGGCGAGAUCCUGAGCAAGGUGAGAGAGGUGAGCAACACAUUACAGACCAAGGCACAGCUGUUGGACGAGGUGCGAGGGCUGGCCCUGGGCCACGAGGCUCACCUGCAGAGGCUCCGGGACGCGCCCCCCUCCCCGCUGACCUCCCUGGCGCUGCUGGAGGAGUAUGUGGACCAGCGGUUGCAGCGCCUCUGGGGGAACCUGCUGGACGGCUUUGAGCAGAAGCUGCAAGGUGUCCAGAGCGAGUGUGACCUGCGGGUGCAGGAGGUGCGACAGCAGUGUGAAGAGGGCCAGGCAGCCAGCCAGCGCCUGCACCAGAGCCUUGAUGGCCGGGAGCUGGCCUUGCGUCGGGAGCUCUCGCAGCUGGGCACUCAGGUGCAGGGCCUGACUCUGACCGGCGGGGCUACCUGCUGCAGCCAGCUGGCUUUGAUCGGCGCCCGGGUGGACAGCCUUGAGAGGAACCUACAGGCCGUCACGGAGACCCAAGGCGGCCCCAGCACCCUGGCUGCGGAUGAGCUUGCGCGGCUCUCUGCGGCUGUGCUCCAGGGAGGUGUGGAUGGGCUGCUCGAGGGCCUAGAGACCGUCAACGGGACAGAGAAUGGAGCAAGGGGCUGCUGUCUGAGAAUGGAGAUGGGCGGUUGGGGUGUCGGCAGCCUCGGGUCCAUGCUGGAAGAGCGCGUGCAGAGCCUAGAGGAACGUCUGGCAACUCUGACCGGCGAGCCACGCCACAGCAGUGCCACGCCAGACAGAUCAGCUCGGCCGCUUGUUCGUUCGGAGCUAGCCGUGUUGGAACAAAGACUGGUCUCCCUGGAGACCUCGUGCACCCCGAGUACCACCACGGCCAUCCUGGACAAUCUCGUGGCAGAGGUGAAAGCCUGGCAGAGCCGGAGUGAGGCCCUCCUACACCAGGUAGCCACUCACACUGCUCUUCUCCAACAGCUCAAUGGCACAGUGGCUGAAGUUCUGGGGCAGCUGGCAGAAGGGACAGGCAGCUCACUGCAGGGUGAGAUCACUCUGCUGAAGGUCAACUUGAACUCGGUGAGCAAGUCACUCACAGGCCUCAGCGACUCUGUCAGCCAGUACUCUGAUGCCUUCCUGGCUGCCAACACAUCCCUGGAUGAACGGGAACGCAGGGUGGAAGCUGAGGUCCAGGCCAUCCAGGAACAGGUCAACAGUCAGGGCUCAAGACUUCAGGCUGGUCACAGGCAGGUCCUGAACCUGCGAGGGGAGCUGGAGCAGCUCAAGGCUGGUGUGGCCGGUGUGGCCGGAGGGUUGAGCCGCUGCCGGGACACAGCCCAGGAACUCCAGCACACAGUGGGCCACUUCGACCAGCGGGUGGCCCAAGUGGAGGGAGCAUGUGAGAGGCUGGGCUUAUUGGCUGCCCGUCUCAACAGUUUGCCUCCUGAGCAGCUGAGGUCUAGGGAGGGCCUGUGGGGCCACAUAGACAAGCUGAACCACACCCUGGCUCAGCACACACAGGACAUUGCCCGGCUCCGGGAUGACCUGUUGGACUGUAGAGCCCAGCUGGCUGAGGUGAGGCCAGGACGAGCUGACUAGGGUAUCUGGGCAGAAUCUAAAGCCCAGAUCCCACCAACCCAGGGAAUAUC